GGGCAGAGGUGACGGGAGAGGAAAGUUGGCCUCCUGCGAUGAUGGCGUCGUGGAAGGGGUUGGAGCUCCUGGGGCUCAGCGUGAACCUGUCUGGGGUCUUUCCCUGGCUGGCUGGGCUCUUCUUGACUCUCCUCCUGCUCAAGUUGUCUAAGCUGUGUCUGCGGAGAAGGUUGUUUGUCAAGGCCUUCGGCAACUUCCCCGGCCCCCCAGCCCACUGGCUGUUCGGCCACGCGCUCGAGAUUCAGCGAGACGGCUUGCAGAAGGUGAAGGUUUGGGCCCAGGAGUAUCCCGACGCCUUCCCGCUGUGGCUCGGGAAAUUCAUCGGCUAUCUGAACAUCCACGAGCCGGAUUUCGCCAAGGCCGUGUUCAGCCGUGGAGAUCCCAAGGCUUCGGACAUCUAUGAUUUACUUCUCCAGUGGAUCGGGAAAGGGCUGCUCAUUCUGGAAGGGGCCAAAUGGUUCCAGCACCGAAAACUGCUGACGCCAGGAUUUCACUACGACAUCCUGAAACCUUACACGCAAGUGUUUGUGGACUCCUCCAAGGUGAUGCUGGACAAGUGGGAAAAGAAGAUGACCGCAGGGCCGUCCCUGGAAAUCAUCCACGACGUGGGGCUCAUGGCUCUGGACAGCCUCAUGAAGUGCACCUUUGGCAAGGGGAAUAACAGCCAGGUGGCGAGUGAGAGCGCUUACUAUCGCGCAGUCCACGACCUGACCAUACUCACGCAACAGCGGCUCGACCGCUUCCAAUAUCACAACGACUUCAUCUACUGGCUCACGCCGGCCGGGCGCCGCUAUCUCCGGGCCUGCAAGGCCACCCAUGACCAUACAGACCAAGUCAUCCGGGAGAGGAAGGCGGCCCUCCAGAACGAGCGGGAGCUGGCAGCGCUCCAGAAGAAGAGGCAUCUGGAUUUUCUGGACAUCCUGCUCUUCGCCAAGGACGAAAACGGCGAGGGGCUGUCGGACGCGGACCUGCGGGCCGAGGUGGACACGUUUAUGUUCGAGGGCCACGACACCACUACCAGCGGCAUCUCCUGGUUCCUCUACUCUUUGGCCCUCCAUCCCGAGCAUCAGCAGCGCUGCCGUGAGGAAGUCCAGGAGAUUCUGGGAGACCGGGACACCUUCCAGUGGGACGAUCUGGGAAAGAUGACUUACCUCACCCUGUGCAUGAAGGAGAGCUUACGCCUCUACCCGCCCGUCCCCCAGAUCUAUCGCCAGCUGAACAAGCCGGUUCACUUCGUCGAUGGAAGGAACCUGCCAGAAGGCGCCCUGGUCUCCCUGCAUAUCUACGCUCUCCACCGGAACCCUAAAGUGUGGUCUGACCCCGAGGUGUUCGAUCCCCUCCGCUUCUCCCCGGAGAACUCCGUGGGCCGACACCCUUACGCCUUCUUGCCGUUCUCCGCGGGGCCCAGGAACUGCAUCGGGCAGCAGUUCGCCAUGAUGGAGAUGAAGGUGGUGGCCGCCCAGUGCCUGCUCCGCUUCGAGUUCCUGCCCGACCCUUCCCGGCCCCCGGAGCCCAUUCCCCAUCUGAUCCUCAAGUCCAAGACGGGCAUCCACCUGCGCCUCAGGAAGCUGCAGUAGGGGACAUCAGCGACAAGACGUGGCAGGGUGACGCCAACCAUUGGGGUCACGCGGGCCCCGGGAGGCACCGGCCCGGCCCCCGGACACCCAGCGGCCCCAGAUGCCACCGGUGCGGAGGGAACCGGGCGGUUGCUCCGAAGCCCUGGCUCCACGGUGUGUUUGACCACAAGAUAAGCGCUUAGUACAGUGCUCUGCACAUAGUAAGCGCUCAAUAAAUACGAUUGAUUGA